AAAUAAAAGAAAAAAACUAGGGGGGAAAUAGAAAAACCUGUUUGUUAGAUUAGGGUUUCUGCGUCGGCUAGUUUGGACGCAGGAGACCACAGGGGAGAGGCGAGGAGCAGCACGGGCGAUGGGCGCGCCGAAGCAGAAGUGGACGUCGGAGGAGGAGGAUGCGCUCCGCCGCGGCGUGCUCAAGCACGGAGCCGGCAAGUGGCGAACCAUCCAGAAGGACCCCGAGUUCAGCCCGGUCCUCUCGUCCCGCUCCAACAUCGACCUCAAGGACAAAUGGAGGAAUCUAAGUUUCAGUGCAAGUGGAAUGGGUUCAAGGGAUAAAACGAGGGUUCCAAAGAUAACUGGACCGUCAUCUUCCCCAUCGUCUACCUCACAGGCUUUGGUUGUUUCUGUGGCAAAUAAAGUUGCUGAAGCUCCACCAGAUGCUGAGAAAAAGCCACAGGAUGUGAAAACUCAACCAAAGUAUGGUGCCAUGAUCCUGGAAGCUCUUUCGGAGUUGAAUGAGCCAAAUGGUACAGAAAUGACUGAAAUCUGCAGCUUCAUAGAGCAAAGACAUGUAGUGCCAACAAACUUUAGAAGAUUGAUCGGUACAAAGUUUCGGCGACUUGUAGAUUCAAAAAAAAUUGAAAAGGUUGAUACUAAGUCCUAUAGGCUCACCGAUUCCUUUGCGACAAGAGCUCCAGCUCCAAUAAAAGCAUCGGCUCCAAAGCAGAAGGAUCCAUCCAAGCCAUCGAAGGUGUCAAAGAACCUAGGAUUGUUUGCCACCUCCAGCCCUGCACUAGAGGCAGCCAUCGCAGCAGCAGCCAAAGUAGCUGAUGCAGAGGUGAAAGCACAUGAUGCACAUGAUCAGAUGAUGGAGGCAGAAAGGAUCCUCAAGAUGGCUGAGGAGACGGAGUCUCUCCUCACGAUUGCAGCAGAGAUCUAUGAUCGAUGUUCGAGGGGAGAGAUAACCACAUUAAAUCCGGCGCAAAGGGAUGUUUGUGCUGGACGGAGGGAGGAGCCCACAAGACGAGAGAUCUGCCCGCUGCCCCCUCGCGUUCCCCUCCCCCGCGUCGUCGUCUCUUCUCCCCCCAAAUCCCCCCAAACCCUACCGCCGAUCCGGGCCCAGAUCGCCAUGGCCGCCCCCAACAGCAACGAUGCCGCCAACGCCAGCGCCAGCGGCACCGCCCCCGCCGGCGAGGAGGAUACCUCCAUCGAGGCGCUGGCGCGGCGCGUGCAGGAGCACAUGACCCUCGCCUCCAACCCCACCGCCCGCCGCCACAAGUUCUGGGAGACUCAGCCCGUCGGCCAGUUCCGCGACGCCGCCGACACGUCGCUCCCGGAUGGCCCCAUCGAGCCACCCACGCCGCUCUCCGAGGUGCGCGCCGACCCCUACCCGCUCCCCGCCGCCUUCGAGUGGCUCACCUGCGAUCUCGACGACGACGCGCUCCUCGCCGACCUCUACUCGCUGCUCGCCCACAACUACGUCGAGGACGACGAGAACAUGUUCCGCUUCAACUACUCCCCGGCCUUCCUCCGCUGGGCGCUCAAGCCGCCGUCCUUCUUCCGCGCCUGGCACAUCGGCGUCCGCGCCAAGGAGUCCAAGAAGCUCGUCGCCUUCAUCUCGGGCGUCCCCGCGCGCAUCCGCGCCCGCGAUGACGUCGUCCGCAUGGCCGAGAUCAACUUCCUCUGCGUCCACAAGAAGCUCCGAUCCAAGCGCCUCGCGCCCGUGCUCAUCCGCGAGGUCACCCGCCGCGUCCACCAGGAGAACAUCUGGCAGGCUGCAUACACCGCGGGGGUCGUCCUCCCAACCCCCAUCACCACCUGCCGCUACUGGCACCGAUCCCUCAACCCCAAGAAGCUCAUCGAUGUUGGGUUUUCUCGCCUUGGUCCACGCAUGACCAUGAGCCGCACUGUCCGGCUCUACAAGCUGCCUGAUGCGCCGCUCACCCCUGGAUUCCGCCGGAUGGAGCUCCGGGAUGUUGCUGCGGUCACAAGGCUGCUGAGGGCCUACCUUGCAAAGUUUGUUGUGGCGCCGGAUUUCGAUGAGGUGGAUGUGGAGCACUGGCUGCUGCCCCAGGAGGAUGUGGUGGACAGCUACCUUGUUGAGAGCCCUGAGACGCAUGAGGUCACAGAUUUCUGCAGCUUUUACACGCUGCCGUCAUCCGUGCUGAACAAUGCAAACUAUGCGACGCUCAAGGCUGCAUACUCGUAUUACAAUGUUUCCACCAAAACCCCAUUGCAGCAGCUGAUGAACGACGCGCUGAUCGUUGCCAAGCAGAAGAACUAUGAUGUCUUCAAUGCUCUUGAUGUCAUGGAGAAUGAGUCAUUCCUCAAGGAGCUCAAGUUUGGUCCUGGAGAUGGGCAGCUCCACUAUUACCUCUACAACUACCGGAUUCGAAACGGCAUCAAGCCCUCGGAGCUUGGCCUUGUACUGCUAUAGGCAGUCUAAUCAGGACAGUCCUCAGUUUACACCUGUACUUCCGCAGCAGGUUGUUCACUGUGCAAUCCGGUGGUUUCUCAUUUUGUUUAUCGUGCUAGUGAUUCUCCUUGAUAUGAUUACCAUGGCCAUUGAUGGGAGUCCAAGAUGAUUUGCAAACGAGGAGUCUUGAAUUAGAAAUCCUUUUCUUCAUUUAAGAUUAUUGUUCCCCAUUAGUGACAUUUUGUGUGCGUGGUCCAAAACAUGUAUGCUGGCACUGAGUUUACCAAGAAAUUUUGAUAGAACUCGUGUUAUCAAUGUUUGAUAGAACUUGUGUUAUCAAUGUCAUUUGUGUGCUGUGGUGUUAUGGUUGCCCAUGUAUAUGUCUUGAUGCCCCUGUUCUUUCAA